CGCCCCGCGAGGAGGGAGGCCCCCGGGCGUCCAGUGGCGGGGCCAAGCCCGAGGCCGGAGGAGGCGCCCCGGGCCCCGGAAUGCGAGCCCCGAGCCCCACAGAUUUGUGUAUGCAAUGGACACUGAUCUCAGUUCCCAGGACAGGAAGGACCUGGACAAGUUCAUCAAAUUUUUCGCCCUGAAGACAGUCCAAGUGAUAGUCCAGGCCCGGCUUGGAGAGAAGAUUUGUACUCGCUCGUCAUCCUCCCCAACAGGAUCUGACUGGUUCAACUUGGCCAUCAAGGAUAUCCCAGAGGUCACCCAUGAGGCCAAGAAGGCACUGGCAGGGCAGCUGCCCGCUGUGGGGAGGUCCAUGUGCGUGGAAAUCUCACUCAAGACUUCGGAGGGAGAUUCCAUGGAACUAGAAAUUUGGUGUCUUGAAAUGAAUGAAAAGUGCGACAAGGAAAUUAAGGUUUCCUACACUGUGUACAAUAGACUGUCGCUACUGCUCAAGUCUCUGCUUGCUAUCACUAGAGUGACACCAGCCUAUCGACUCUCCAGGAAGCAGGGCCGUGAAUAUGUCAUACUCUACAGGAUAUACUUUGGAGAAGUCCAGUUGAACGGCUUAGGAGAAGGUUUCCAGACAGUCCGAGUUGGCACAGUAGGCACCCCAGUGGGCACCAUCACUCUGUCCUGUGCCUACAGAAUUAACCUGGCCUUCAUGUCUACCAGGCAGUUUGAGAGGACCCCACCUAUCAUGGGGAUUGUCAUUGACCAUUUUGUGGACCGUCCCUACCCCAGCUCCUCGCCCAUGCACCCCUGCAACUACAGGACCGCUGGUGAGGAUGCUGGGGUAGCAUAUCCAUCUGUCGAGGACUCUCAGGAAGUCUGCACCACCUCUUUCUCAACCUCCCCUCCGUCCCAGUGUGUGUUCACGGUUAGUAAGGCACAUUUUCAGACCCCUACUCCGGUGGUGACGGAUACCCUGAGGGUCCCCAUGGCAGGACUGGCCUUUUCCCACCAACUCGCCAGCUCCCGCCUUUCCUAUCAGCCCACUGUUCUGGGAGUUGGAUCAGCUGAGCUGGCCCAUCCAGUGGUCUUUGCUGCUGGCUCAGGCACUGCCCACCCUCACCAGUUAAUGGUUCCAGGGAAGGAAGGUGGGGUGCCCCUUGCUCCUAGCCAGCCUGCCUACGGCACCCAGGCCGACCAUGAGAAGAUGGCAACCUGUACCCCUUCUGAUGGUGCCCACUACAUAGUCACUCCUUCCAGCAGUGAAGACACCGAAACCGUAUCCAACAGCAGUGAAGGCCGUGGGUCCCCUCAUGACGUCCUGGAGGCCAUCUUGGUUCGGAAAGUGGGAGCGCUCGUCAACAAUUCACUGGAUCAGGUAACAAUGACCAAUUUGGACAUCCCCUUUGCCAUGUUUGCUCCCAAGAACUUUGAGCUAGAGGAUAAUGAUCCCAUGGUGAAUCCUCCCGACUCCCCAGACACGGAAUCUCCUCUCCAAGGCAGCUUGCACUCUGAUGGGUCCAGCGGCGGCAGCAGCGGAAACACGCACGAUGACUUUGUCAUGGUGGACUUUAAGCCAGCCUUCUCAAAAGAUGACAUUCUGCCCAUGGACCUAGGGACCUUCUACCGGGAGUUUCAGAAUCCCCCUCAGCUGAGCAGCCUGUCCAUUGACAUUGGGGCUCAGUCCAUGGCCGAAGACCUGGACUCACUCCCAGAAAAACUGGCCGUGCAUGAGAAGAACGUGAAAGAGUUUGAUGCCUUUGUGGAGACCCUACAGUAAAGUCAUCGUCCUCCCCAGGCCCCAGCAGCAGCAGUAGCAGCCCCUUUCUUGGACACCCCUGAGGACAGAGACCAUUCCACCUAGCGCUCUUCUCCCUCUCUCUCUGUUAUUUAUUCAGCUUCAAUCCAGGCCAGAGAGUGGAAGGCAGAGGGAAGGGGCUCCCCCACUCCUGCCUUUUGGCUCUUCUCCGCAAUCGGACCCAGGGGCCAGCAUCGAAGAGGGCCCAGUCCCUGGAGCAUUUGAGUUCUGGGUCAUAGCCUACCCUAAGAGUCAGGAAUAAGCACAGCUGGUGAAAAAGGGAGCUUACCCACCCCAGUGUAGAGCAGAGCAGCUGAUCUCAGCCCCUACUGCUUAGCCAGCUGAACACGGCCAUCCAGUUUGGCCUGUAGAACUAUGGAUCUUCCACCCACCAUGAACUGAGCAGCCUCUCCCCUUGGUACUGGGGCUCUGUCUAAGGCUGAGGACGCUGAGUAUGACUGCCUUACCCCAGUGCCCCAGGAACAAGAAAGGAAAGAGGAAAGUCCAGUCCACCAGCACCACACACAGUGUAGAGGCCCGGAAGGAAGGGGCAUUUUACUUUCCCAUGCCUCAGUACUCUGCCCACUAGAGAAAAGACCCAUGUGUUUGUGGCUGCUCUCUGCUCUGGAAAGGCUGACUGUCCGCAGACUAACGUUUUUGGCCCAAUGCAGUCUGUCUCCCUUGUAGUAUAAGCGCUUUCAUGACACUAUGCAAGGCUGCGUUGGACUGCCCUGAAUGACUCAUCAGGUUCCCUGUCCCCUGCUCCUGACCCAUGAUUGUAAAUAGAAACUCAGCAUCCUAUUUUGUUAGGGUUGUGCCGUUGGGAGACCAAGAUUCUCUUUUCCCUUCCUCUCCUGCUACUGUUGCUGCUAUAUGCUUAUAGAUAAGCAUCAAAUAGUAAAUAUUUAUUGCUUUAAAAGAAAUCAGAUUAUUUUUUAAAAUGCAUUUGAUGUGGGCUGUUUUAACCCAGCUGUGGUUCUGGGAAGGCUGGGUCUUUCCUCUGCCCAGCAGGGCCCUCCUAAGAUGCCAGAAGCCUCCCUGGGACCUCUCGUCUCCAUCAUAUGCAUUGAGAACAGAGGCCUGGAGAUAGCUGCGGCCUCGGGAACACUAUCUUCUCCCCACAAUUGCUGCAUUUCACCUGACCCCCCCACCACCAAUUUUUUGCACGUGUGGCGUUCUCCCUGCCCCUUCCAAGAAACUAUUUUUUGCUGGCUGGGAUUCUGGAAUUUUCUUUCUGUUGCCACAUUGACUUCAUGACAACAUGCCAGCCCUUGUGAUAAAUGGCCACACGUGGCCUCCGCCCUUGAGAGACAAAGCCCUCCUCAGUGCUGUGCCACACCCCAAAGCCCCAGCCCCCCGGUUGCUUCUGGCUGCCUUGGGGGUGUCCCCCAACAGGCCUAGGUAUUCCUGGGUGAUUAGGACUUGCUCCCUCCUGUCCACCUCUAGAGCCAUCCGAAGGGGCCAGAAACUUGAACUUGAAACAUGGGUCAUUGGGGGGGGGGGGUGUGAACACUUCCACCCCCAGCCUCUCCAUCUCUGACUCUAGGAGACAGGACAUUGCCCUGUUGCUUGCCAGUUAGAUCUGAAGCCAAAGCCAGGCGUGGGGUUGAGCCAACCCUUCUACUUGUCAGCUGCCUCUCACUGCCAGGCCUUACCUGUGUGACAUCAUCCCCACUUCCACCCCUUCCUGUAGGGAUUGUUGCCUUGACCGAGGGCCACUCUCCAAGGUGGAUGAAGCUUUCUAGGCCGUGGUGCACAUCGGUCCUUAGGAAGCUGCCAAAUGGAACAGAUCGCCUUCUUGAGUCUUUCAUCAUCAGCUGCAUGUGACAGAAAUGCUCUGACCUGCACCUUCUGCUGCCCCCACUUGAGCUAAGCUUUGUGCCCUGUUGAUCACCUGGCCGGUGUGAAUUUUUGUGCACAAUGUCUGCUACUAGGAAGACAGAAGGGACCUCAGCCGUGAUGGGAAGGGGACAGCUAACAGGUAGAUUUCACUUAGAAACCCGCCCGUCACUAGAGGCCUGGUUUCUUCCAGCCUUGAGGGUACAGUCCAGGGCAGCCUUGACCCUAAACCAUCCUUGAUCCAGAGGACAAAGGUGAGCACAACCACAGGGUCGACCCAAUGGUUUUGGUUCAGUGUGGGACAAUCCUAGAAGUACCGGUUCGUGAGUUGGCCAGGCCAAACAGUUUGACCCCGCAGCACCAGGGCUGUAUGAGCGGGGAGAUAACGUGGACCUUGGAAACAUUUUCCCCAUCUCUCCAAUUCUCCCAGCUCCUGGUUGGUCAGCUCCGUGGACACCACCUCUGACCAACUUCCCCUUGGCCCCUGCAUGAAAAUGCUGUGGUAUCCUAGCCAGGAGCAGUGUCGGUACAAAUGCUGCCCUCUGCAGGCAGUAAGUGACCCUUCUCCGUUGCCAGUUUGCUCAGGGCUCCUCAGUGGAGGAAGGAGCUAGGUGCUCCCCACCUCACCAAGACUGGAGUUGAGCAUGGCCCAUGGCAGGCGGUAUGUUCCACACCUAGUCUGUCAGCCUUGCUCAAUGCCAAGGGAUCUGGGCCCUGGACUGGUUCUUGGGCUCUCUAUGUCUUCCUGAGGUCAGUCAGGCUGGUGUCAGCAUAUCCAGGACAGACCUGGCUGGUGACUGGGUAUUCAGAUGCUUGGCCUGGAGAGGAGCAUCUUCACCCUUUAUCUGGUUUGAAAACAUUGAGCUGUUACUUUCAAACAUAUUCUCAAGAAAUUUCCAAUAAAAUUUUUCUGUACACAAAAAA